GGGUCAGAUUAUGGUACAAGCACGUUUCUGCCAACAGGUGGCAGCGCUUGUCCGCAUCCUGACUCAUCCCGCCUGCUGGUGACUUGAGUCAGCCUGAAUGCCGGAAGUGCCAACACCAGAGACACUCGUCCCUGCCCAGGCCACGCGCUUUGCAAAACAAUGCACGCUACUGUGGCGAUACUCUUCGGAGACCACUUUUGGAACCCAUCUAUGACACACCACCCAAUGCUAUAUAAGCCUGACAGCUGACUGAAGGCUCAAGGUAGAGAACACAUCAGCUUGGAGCACAGAAGGAUCCCAAGAGCUCCCCAGCUUGGACGCAUCCUCCACUUGAGAUGCAUGCAAAAGCAGCUCCUGUCAUCUGGGGCUGUUUCCUCCUGUGGAAUUUCUGCAGCUCAUCCUCUCAGGCCAUUUACCCUGGCAUCAAGGCAAGGGUUACUCAGCGGGCCCUGGACUAUGGUGUCCAAACAGGGGUAGAAGUACUCGGGCAAAUGUUAAUGGAAAGCAAUAUCCCAGACUUCCAUGGUUCUGAGUCUCUUCAAUUUCUAAAGGCUGAUUAUGUGGACUACAAUUUUUCAAACAUAAAAAUCAAUGCCUUUUCCUUCCCGAAUACUUCCUUAGCCUUUGUACCUGGUGUGGGAAUCAAAGCACUGACCAACCAUGGCACGGCCAACGUCAGCACCAACUGGGCAGUCAAGUCGCCACUCUUCAAAGAUACAGGAGGAGCUGAUCUGUUCCUCUCCGGGGUCUACUUCACUGGCAUCAUCAUCCUAACACAAAAUGACUCGGGUCACCCAAUCCUGCAGCUCGAAGACUGCUAUGCCCAAGUGAGCCAUGCCCAUGUCUCAUUUUCUGGACAAUUAAGUGUCCUAUAUAACUCCUUUGCUGAGCCCAUGGAGAAACCCAUUUUGAAAAACUUAAAUGAUAUGCUCUGUCCCAUUAUCACAGAUGAAGUGGAAGCACUGAACGCCAAUCUCAGCAUGCUGGAGUUUUUAACCAAGAUCGACAACUACACUCUGCUGGAUUAUUCCAUGAUCGAUUCUCCAAAAAUUACCGAGAGCUCCCUUGACCUGGAUUUCAAGGGCACUUUCUACCCCCUGAAGAAUGCAGUCGAUCCCCCCUUCUCACCAGUUCCUUUUGUGCUGCCCGAAGGCAGUGACUCUAUGCUCUACAUUGGGGUCUCUGAGUACUUCUUCAAGUCUGCGUCUUUCGCUUAUUUCACAGCUGGAGCUUUCGAUGUCACUUUCUCGACCAAAGAGAUUUCCAACCAUUUCAUCCAAAACUCUCAAGGUAUUGGCAACAUACUCUCCCGGAUCGCAGACAUCUACAUCUUGUCCCAGCCCCUCAUGGUGCGCAUGAUGGCCACAGAACCUCCCGUGAUCAAUUUAGAGCCGGGCAACUUCUCUCUGGACAUCCCUGCCUCCAUCAUGAUACUCACCCAGCCUGGAAACUCCACUGUGCAAACCAUCGUAUCCAUGGACUUUGUUGCUAGUACCAGUGUUGGCCUGGUUAUUUUGGGACAAAGAUUGAGCUGCUCCUUGUCUCUGAACAGAUUCCGCCUCUCUUUGCCAGAAACGAAUCGCAACAACCUUGAGGUCCUGAGGUUUGAGAAUAUUUUGUCCUCCAUUCUUCACUUUGGAGUCCUCCCACUGGCCAACGCAAAAUUGCAGCAAGGAUUCCCUCUGCCCAACCCAUACGAAAUCUCAUUCGUCAAUUCCAAUAUUGAAGUUCUUGAGGGUUACCUUUUGAUCUCCACCGACCUGCAACACCAAAGGUCCUUGAAGCAGCAGCCAAGCCUCCCCGGUUGGAAAGAGCUGAACCUGAUCCAUGGACAGUGGUGGGGCAAGCCAGCCCCUUGACUGCCACUUUGCAGGCUCCCCCGGGAAGCCCACAGCCGCUGUCCACCCAGAGAGCGAAGACAGUGCCUGCUGGGAUUGUAAAGGCCUUGUGAAGUGUUCUGGCAGGAACUCUAGAAGGACACAGAAUGGGUUCAAGAAUGUGUGCUUUGAGCACGGAGGGGCGGGGUCUGGGCUUGCGCAUGCUCUGUGUGCCUAUGUUCUUAAGAUUCCGAAGCUGAGAGCUAGGCGUGUGCUUGUGAUGGGG